AUGUACCCGAACGUCAGCCGCUACUUCUGCACGAGAGGGACGGCAGUUCCAUAUGUGGAGAGGAAGGAUUUUGACCGUCAUGGACUAGAGCCAGUUAUGCUUCUUCAGCAGACCAUGUCAGGACUGGCCCACCUGCAUUCUCUCAACAUUGUCCACAGAGACCUGAAACCUCACAACAUCCUGGUGUCCAUGCCCAACGCCCACGAAGCUGGCGUGGGUCGUCACAGUUUCAGCAGACGGUCCGGCGUGCCGGGCACAGAAGGCUGGAUCGCUCCUGAAGUUCUCAGUGAGGACUGCAAAGACAACCCGGAUGUGAGUGACAGAAUAGAAAAGGAGCCGCUGGACGGACCAAUCGUGAGACAGCUGGAGAGAGGAGGGAGGGCUGUUGUGAAGAGUGACUGGAGGGAGCAUAUCACAGUGCCACUGCAGACAGAUCUGCGGAAGUUCCGUUCCUAUAAAGGUGGAUCGGUCAGAGACCUGAUGCGUGCAAUGAGAAACAAGAAACACCGAGAGUUGCCUGCAGAGGUACAAGAGACUCUGGGCUCCAUCCCUGAUGACUUCGUCUCUUACUUCACCUCCCGAUUCCCCCACCUGCUCAUGCACACCUACCUGGCCAUGCGGACAUGUGCAUCAGAGAGGCCGUUCCUGCCUUACUACUCCACUGCUGAGCAGAAUGCAAAAACACAAGCCGAAUACACACACCUCAGACCACAGAGACAAAAUGAGCCGUGCACUCAACACCUGCCAACACACACAUCAUCAAACGCCUCACAACCACAGGAACCUGCACAUUCUCUACAGCCGGUGCAGGUCGAUCACACGGUAACAAAUGGACCAUCGCCCUCUUCAUUACCAGAUGAGCCGGUAUCUUCAGAUUUAGCAGUUCAGACAGUGCAGCCAGCAGAGUUAACACUUUCCACACACGUGGACUCACACAGUCAAACGGUGAAUCUCACAUCUGCCUCAGAAUCAGCUACAGAUCCUCUCAGGCAGUCUGAGUUGCACACACUGCCAGAUCCUUCCUUACCGGACACACAACCAGUGUGAACUGGACCAGAGUCAGGUGGACCCAGCACAGACGGGAGCAUUGCCAGUAAGGGUGGACAUCAAAUGGGGCCAAGCUGCUGCACUUUAAGCUGGUGAGGACCGGGCCUGCAGUGCCUGGGAUCCACUGCCGGGUGGGAGCAGCUGCACCCUCUUUUAAGUGCCUUCUGCUC